AAGAGAAAGGUUGCAUGAUUUAGUUCCCGUUUUUCAAGUUUUUCAUCUUUCUGCUAACGUUAGGCCUGAAGGGGGGAAAGUAAGGGAAGAACUGCAAGAAAAGUAGAACUACUAGUGUCGUCAUGUCGUAAUAGCAUAACUGUCAACAGUAAAAUAAGGAUGAGGGAUUUUCAACAGUCUUCCCUACCCCAGCCUCAAGAGAAAGCUUUCCUUCAGACUUCUGAUGCGCUCCCACAUUAGUUUUUUAGGUAGAAGUAAGGUCAGAGGUUACUCAGUUCUUGUAGCUAGCAAAGCAAUAUGAAUGACGUUACCUGCCAGUCUUUGUUUUUCAUCAGUCUGCCUGAGCUGCGAAAACUAUGUGCCGUGAAGGUUACACUGAAUUCUCAGUUCGCAGCAACAGAAAUUAGAACAGCACAAAGGAAGAUGUGCAGGCAACUCUUGCAUCUGCAUCAAGAUGUGCUUUCUUCACCUGUUCCUGGAACAUUGAAUCAAAUUUCAGUGGUUAUGACGAUACUCUUCUAUAAGUCAGGAAAAUUUCAAGCUUAUAUAGAGAAAAACAGAUCUAUAAUGGCAAUGCCAGAGAGAGUUGUUCCAGCUGUCUUUCAAACCUGCCUGUCCUAUACACUUAUAGCCAAACUUGCUCCUAAUUGGAACCAAGCUGGUCAUCUCUUGAUACAAGGGAAAGAUUUUCUGUCACAAAGGGGAAAGCAAAAUGCAGUUGUUAUGGACAUCAAUGUAUCAGAGACUCAGCUCUGCAUUAGUGUCGAAGUUUUCACAGUACGUCUGCCGCCACCUGAGCUUGAAGAAUUUAAUAUUUCAGCAAACAUCUUAAAGAAAUUUGACAGUGAUAAUAAUGCUAUCAUUCAAAAAUACUCUAUUUUAAGUAACUGGUGCUAUGUUUUGCCAAGCAUGAAAAUGGGUCAGAUCAUAAGCAUUAGCCACAUAAUUCCACCCGAUACUCCAUUCCAGUCAUAUAGUGAUUUGCAGCUGCACUGGGAAAAUCUGUAUGGCUAUAUUCUUCCGGAGGAUCCUGGGAUUUAUUGCAACGUUUACUUCAAACUGAUAGGGGAGCAACUCUUCACAUAUCCUUUCAGUUGCAUACGAAGUCAGCCAGUGCAGUACUUUCCUAGAGUAGAUUUAGAAGGUGUUCUAAGUGCUUUUGCUGCUGAUCUGAAGACUGUCAUUCCACACAUUUGUGGGCUUCCUGUUAAAAUGAUAAGUAAAGCAUUAUAUGCCACCAAAGAUCUUACCCAAUCAUCUGUACAGAAAGUUAGCUCCAAACCAGCCAAUCUCACUGGAAAAAGGAACUGCAAGGUAACUUUGACUCAAGUACCAGUAAUUCCAAAAAAAGGCAUGCUCAGUUCUUCAGCAUGUGCUAUAGAAAAUAGCCACAAGAUGGAGCUUAAAGCCAACCAACCGAAAACAGAUAUUUUUACUAAUCUCAGUUUACUAGCAGAAGACAAGAACAUUGAGGCGCCAGGGAGAAAAGUGUAUAGUAGGAAACAAGAAAAAACUUCAGAAGAAUCUGCAGGAAUGCUAAACUCAAAAGUAUCUUUUAAAACGUCAAAUAAUACUUUAAGAAAUUAUUCUACCAGAAUCAUACCCAUCUUUAAAGGAAAGCUGUUGCAGAUGGAUAAGCAGACCACAAAGGCCACCCAUGAAAAGAAAAGGCAGAAUGCUUCUAAAGUAAUGAACACAGCUGCUAAAUUGGCUGUAUUCAAGCCUAGUACAGAUCAAGUUAACAAAUUGUUACGUGAUGCAUCAUUAAAAAAUAUUACAAACGGAAGUGCUCUUCGGAUACAGACUGGAAAAGCCAAUGUUAAGUCUAGUAAACUUGCAUUAAAAGAGAAAAAUGAGAAUUAUGGACACUUGGCAAAUUAUGCUUUAGCUAAUGGAGGAGUUUUAGACAGGGAUUCAAGUAAAUUCAAAUCCAUAAGACUAAAUUCCUCUUUGAAAUCACCUAGUGACUUUGCAGUGCAUCAUGUAUCAGUUGUCCACCAGCAUCUGAAUACACCUUCAAAUUUCAGAACAAGCCAGAAUACCCUGACCACCGAGUCAAAGAAAUCCCAUCCCUGCAUGUCUCACUCAGAUGUGGAUGAGGGAAAUCCCAGAAUAUUUCACAAUCAAAUACAAAGCUCAGCUGAAGAAGAGAAAAUGAAUGCUUACAGUUUAUGCAGCUCAGUACACAGUAGGGCCAAACAAGGAGAUCACAAAGAAUCACUAGGAAUAUCCCAGCAAGAUACCAUUAAGACUUCUAGUCAUCAUCUGCAGGGCAACUGCCUACAGGUAUACCAAGUAAUAAAGAUACCUAAGACAAACAAGUCAUCCCAUUGCAAAGAUACAAACUCAAUUCAGAUUUUGUCAAAGAUGGAAACACACUUGGCAUCUGCAUCAAACAGAAGUGGAAAAAGACAGCAGUUAAAGGAAAAACAAGUGAGUUACUCAAAGCCAAAGAAACUAAGAACCAGUAAGCUAUCAAACUAGAAUAAGUAUUUAGAGAUGAAAGAAAGAAAAAACUGCUGUAAAAGCAAGGCCAUGUGAUUGUAUAAAAAAAAAUCAAAUUGCAAAAGACUUUGUUCAGAAGAUGUGGAAUAGACAACCUAGUUGAUUUUUACCUGUUUUA